AUGUCUCCUUGCUUCAUCCCAGCAAUCCGACUGUGUCGCAGACCACAACAAUCCAUUACAGGUUCAAGACCGGGUCGAAAGUUGAGAUCUAGACUUGAUGUCACCUAUGAUAGCCACCGUUUCUCACCCUCCAGCAGGCGGCAGCGGCACUUUACCGAACCCAUAUCUGAAACUCGGAAUUCAUCACGCGGAUCCACUGACAAGCAGGCCGAAAAAAAACCAAAGGAACCUUCUUCUGAAACUAAGGAGUCGCAGGGCAACAAUGCGCCUUUGAAAGUGUUCGUGAAGGAUCCUGAGAGGUGUACAGUGAGAGUCGACAAGUGCGAGACUAUCAGGGAACUUGGAUCGCAUCAUCCCACUGUUCAGUAUGCUUGUUGGCCUCGCGAUUGGAAUGAACACUCAAACCUUGGGACUCAAGAGCAAUGGUAUCACCCACCUGUGCCCCCACCACGUCCCUCCAUGUUUUAUGGACGUGAGGAUCUUGUAGCAGAGUUGACAAACCUUGCCGUCGACGAUGAACACAUCACGUUGAUCGGUCUUGGAGGCAUGGGGAAGAGCUCCCCUGCCAAAGCUAUCAUUAACAAACCACCUGCCAUGGAGAAAUUUGCUGAUGGGCGUGUCUUCGUGACCUAUGACAGCCUUGAUCCUUCGAGCAUCACCUUCGAGACUCAUGACUUGUUUUGCGGGAGCCCUAUGCAUAGAACUUGCUGGUGCUGA